AUGGCUUCCACGAUUUCAGCACAAGGCCCUGAACCAGAAUUAGGUCCGGAACCGGAACGGGCUACUUCGUCGCAGCCCUCAUCCACCGCUAAAGCAGAGAUGCACCUACUACCAAUGACCAUCUGCUCCGGCAAAGCCGCCAUCCAACACGCGACCGCCACCUACGCCGAAGCCUUCAGCACCGACCCUUACCAGCGCUACUCGCUGACGCCGAUCCGCCCGUCCUCCUCCAACGACAAAGCGACACACCCCAUCCACUCCCCCGCCGUGCGCACCCACCUCUGGCGCUACCUCGUGACGCAAGCAGCCGUCAACGGCGGCCACAUAGUCAACGCGACCGGCGACUGGAGCAGCGUCGGCAUCUACUUCGACCCGGGCACCUCCGACGCGGGCUCCACGCGCAUGCUCCUCCCCUUCCCGCCCCACACCGGCGGCUCCAGCGUGCUGGGCACGGCGCUGUGGAUCGUGGUGCGCGUGGGCCCGCGCAUGCUGUGGCGGGGCGCGGCGUACGACGCGGCGCUGCGGCGGUUGAGGAAGAGGUAUUUCAAGGCGGAGAGGCUGCGGCGGCGGGAUUUUUUUUAUGUGGCCGUCUUGGCGACGUUGGAGGGGAGGAGGGGGGAAGGGUUGGGCAGUGCGUGGAUCAGGUGGUUGCAGGCGAGGGCGGCGGAGGUGGGGAGGCCCGUGUGGUUGGAGACGAGUACGGAGGGGGCGAGGAGGAUGUAUGAGCGUUGCGGGUUUAGGUGUGUGGGGUGUGAGCGGAUGGGGGUGGGGUGGGUGGAUGAGGAGGGCUGGUGGGUGGAGGAUGAAAGGGCGAGGAGGGAGGCGAAGGGCGUGGCGCUUUGGGGCAUGGUCUGGUGGCCGGAGGGGGUGGAGGAGGAGAGGCGGUAG